AUGUUGAAUACCAGGUUCAUCACGCGACUAAAGCCUCCGUCAAAUGGUAUUACUUUUAGAAGAAAUGUAGUGGUGGUGAAGAAAAAUCGAAGAAAUGUCAAGCAGGGACCAUCUCAGAAUUAUUCUAACGAUGAGACUCCAUUACUGGCUUGGGCUAGAGAAGAUACAAACCGUAAAAUAAGACUUCAAGAAUCAGACUAUCGUAAAAAGUUACAAGAAAUCAAGAAUUUAACGAAAAGUGUGGCUUCCAUGAUUAAGGAAAAGGAUAAGCUAAAGGCAAAAGAAUUAAAGAUGAAGGAAGAAGCAGAGGCAAUCAAGAGCAUUCCGAUGCCAUCGGAAUACUUACAAAAGGAUUUGGAAAAUAUUUAUAAAGAGAUAUCCUCCCCAGAAUCAGCAGUUGACAUCUCUUCAUCGUCAUCUAAUUCAGAAGAAUAUUCCAAAUCAAACGUUUCACAAGUAUCUCAUCUUAUAUUGCCAUCUAAUUUAGCGUUACCACAGUCUAUUGUAGACAAGUUAGGUUUGUCUAUCAAGUACCUUAUUUCUCCCAAGACUCAAAACUGGGGUAUGGUUCUACACCAGCUUGGAGAAGUUGGUGGUUUCAAGGACUUAAAACCGAAGGAGGUGUAUAAAUUUGUUCAAAGGAUUCCUAGCCAGUACUUUAAAGCCCAGCCUGGUCUCAUUUCAACUAUAGAGAAAAUGAUGAUUGAGGCCGAUAUCGCGAAAACCUCAAAGUUUGUUGAUAUCUUCAUAGAGGGACUCUCUUCGGGGAAUGAAGUUUCCACUGAUACCAUGGACAAGAUUGAAGAGUACUAUCAAUACCUUAAAACUGUAAAUAAAAAGGGCAAGAUUUCGAGAAAAACAUUUGAGUUGUUAAUUGCUGCACUGGGAAAGAACAACAAUUUGGACAAUAUCAACCAGUUUCUAGCAGAAAUGAAGCGGAACAAGUUACAACCAUCGAAGGAGACUUUUUCUAACAUAUUAACAUGCUGUGUUUAUAAAGCCAAAGAUCACAAGCAAGCGGUGGAAAUUUUUGACUCGAUGAAGUUUCUAUCGCAAGGGACUAGGCCGACUACUCGUAAUUAUCAGGAUAUAAUUGUCAGUUACAUAAAUAACGACAAUAUUGAAAAAUCUUUGGAUUUAUACCAAGAAAUGCUUACCGAAAAGGUAGAAAUCAAUCAGAAAAUUUUGGUAGCUUUGGCUAGGGGAUGCACUCGCAGACCUGAGCUUAAAUUGAAAAGUUGGGAAUUCAUGUUCGAGAUUUAUAAUUUGGGAUGGGAACCAACUUUUGAGACUUAUGAGUAUAUUUUGUACUUGGCUGCAAAUGACGGUGACAUCUCGCUAGCAAGAGCACUUUAUAAAAAAUUGAAUGAAACCAAAUCGGUAACCCCUAAGGCAUUUUCUUUCUUGAUGUUGGCAUAUUCGAAGGGCAAUCCAGGAACUUCUUCAGAAUUGCCAACUAUAGUCUUCCAUGAAAAGGGUAGAAUAUUCAGGAGUAGACUUUUGAACGAUACCGAUAUGGAAACUAGUAAUGGAGUUAAUAAUAGCCCGCAAUUUAAUAUUCCAAUGUUACCAAUCAUAGAGUUGAGGAAUAACCAAGAAAUUCUUGCAGAAUCUAGUGCCUUAUGGGCGCACAGUUUGAUGCUUAAUCCGUGGUUGAUCAAUAAUGAAAGUACAGACAUAUAUUUAAAGGUAGCAUUGGAACACGGCACUUUAGAAGACUUCAAGGCUAGAUAUGAAAAUUCCACAGUACUUGAUGAGCAUGGAAUACCUCAAACUAGAGAGAUCCAAAUAGAAGAGCCAGAGAUAGAGCCAGAGAUAGAGCCAGAGAUAGAACUUGAUGACGAUACUCUGAAUAAUUCCAAGAAAUCAUUAACUUCGCCAAUCCUUGAAUCUAUAAUUCAGUCCAAUAAUCAUAAAAAAGUACCUAGGUCUUCUUUGAUAUAUAUAACUGCUUUAAGAGCUGCAGGUAAGUUCCAGUCAUACGACUUUGGUCAACUGAUUUGGGAUGAAAGAGGAUCCUUCCGUAAGUCUACAAGGUUUAUAACCCUUCCAAGGUUGCAAAAAGACCAAGAAGAUUUCAAGUUCGCUUCUGCUAUGGUGUCAGCAUUGACUAAAAUGGGUAUGAUUUCAGAUGCUUUGGCAAUAGUUGUAAGUACUGAAUAUCAAUUCAGAUGGUCUAGGAAUGAACUUAGUGAAUUAUUUCAUACUGCCCUGGAAGUUGGUGACGAACAUACUGCACAGACGGUUAAAAGUAUUACGAGCAGAUCCUUAAUCAAAUGGGAAGGUAAGAUUAAGAAAAGGGAAUACAAGAAAUAUGUAAUGGAAAGAGGAUACUAA